CAUCCCACAGCCGAGAGGGCUCAGCUCCCUCCCGCACCCGCCCGGCCCCGGUCCUCCCGGCUCCUCCCGGCCAUGGGGAGCUGCGCGCGGCUGCUGCUGCUCUGGGGCUGCUCCGCGGUGGCCGCAGGACUGAGUGGAGUAGCUGGAGUGAGUUCCCGCUGUGAAAAAGCCUGCAACCCUCGGAUGGGAAAUUUGGCUUUAGGGAGAAAACUCUGGGCAGACACCACCUGCGGUCAGAACGCCACUGAGCUGUACUGCUCCUACAGUGAGAACGCUGAUCUGACUUGUCGGCAGCCCAAAUGUGACAAAUGCAAUGCCGCCCAGCCUCACGUGGCUCACCUGCCAGCUGCCAUGGCAGACUCAUCCUUCAGGUUCCCUCGCACGUGGUGGCAGUCCGCUGAGGAUGUGCACAGAGAAAAAAUCCAGUUAGACCUGGAAGCCGAAUUCUACUUCACUCAUCUCAUUAUGGUGUUCAAGUCCCCCAGGCCAGCAGCCAUGGUGCUGGACCGCUCCCAGGACUUUGGGAAGACGUGGAAGCCUUACAAGUACUUUGCAACGAACUGCUCGGCUACGUUUGGCUUGGAAGAUGAUGUUGUCAAGAAGGGAGCGAUUUGCACUUCGAGAUACUCCAAUCCCUUUCCGUGCACUGGAGGAGAGGUUAUUUUCAGAGCUUUGUCACCACCAUAUGAUGCAGAGAACCCUUACAGUGCCAAAGUGCAGGAGCAAUUGAAGAUCACCAACCUCCGUGUGCAGUUGCUAAAACGACAGUCUUGCCCCUGUCAGAGAAAUGACCUGACCACAAAGCCUCAACAUUUUACACAUUAUGCAAUCUAUGAUUUCAUUGUCAAGGGCAGCUGCUUCUGUAACGGCCAUGCGGAUCAAUGCGUUCCAGUUGAUGGCUUCAGACCUGUCAAAGCCCCAGGAGCAUUCCAUGUGGUCCAUGGGAAGUGUAUGUGUAAGCACAACACAGCAGGCACCCACUGCCAACACUGUGCACCAUUAUACAAUGACCGCCCCUGGGAGGCAGCUGAUGGCAAAACAGGAUCUCCUAAAGAGUGCAGAACCUGCAAGUGCAAUGGGCAUGCUGAUGCCUGUCACUUUGACAUUAAGGUGUGGGAGGCAUCAGGUAAUCGUAGUGGGGGUGUCUGCAAUGACUGUCAGCACAACACAGAAGGUCAGCAUUGCCAGCGAUGUAAGCCAGGCUUCUACCGGGACCUCCGGAGACCUUUUUCUGCUCCAGAUGCUUGCAAAAAGUGUUCCUGUCAUCCAGUGGGAUCAGCUGUCCUUCCUUUCAGCUCAGUGACCUUCUGUGACCCCAGCAAUGGUGACUGCCCUUGCAAGCCUGGGGUGGCAGGGCCACAUUGUGACAGGUGUAUGGUGGGGUACUGGGGCUUCGGAGACUAUGGCUGCAGGCCCUGUGACUGUGCAGGGAGCUGUGACCCACUCACAGGCGAUUGCAUCAGCAGCAGCACAGACAUGGACUGGUAUCAUGAAAUUCCUGACCUCCAUUCCAUGAACAAUAAAAGUGAACCAGCCUGGGAGUGGGAGGGUGAGCAAGGAUUUUCUGCACUUCGACACUCAGGUAAAUGUGAAUGUAAAGAACAGGUGUUAGGAAACCCCAAGGCAUUCUGUGGAAUGAAAUAUUCAUAUGUGCUAAAAAUAAAGAUUUUAUCAGCUCAUGACAAAGGAUCUCAUGCUGAGGUCAAUGUGAAGAUAAAAAAAGUCUUAAAAUCUACCAAAUUGAAAAUUUUACGAGGAAAACGAACAUUAUAUCCAGAAUCGUGGACUAACAGAGGCUGCACUUGUCCAAUCCUCAAUCCUGGUUUGGAGUACCUUGUGGCAGGACAUGAAGAUGUAAGAACAGGAAUUAGUCGUGAAUAUGAAAGUUUUGUCCAGCACUGGACAUCCCUUGGAAGAAAAGUGAUGGAUAUUUUAAAAGAGAGUGCAAGUAGCAAUAAAGGUAUAGCACAUAAUGGCACUUCUCUAUGUAUGAAACACAAACUUCAUGGAAAGGAGACCUCAAAAAUGAAACUGGAAUUUUUUAAGUGCCAAAACAUAUAGAAAUGUUCCAAUGCAUAGGCCUUGUCUAACCUGACUCUUUGGGAGGCCGUGUUUAAAUACAGUUUGUUUCAUAAAGACAAAUGAAAACUCCUAUGCUGAUACCUGGUUUCUAUGGGACUGAUUCUGAAAUUCGUAACUAUUAAGAGUUUUUAACAGCAGUGUGAUAUUUAGCAGUAAUCCAUUAAGGGCAGUACAUCUAACAACGACUCCUUCCAGCUUCAGAUAUGUUACUUAUAUUUGUGCUACUUAAAGCAAUUAAGGAGAUUUUAAGGACUCCCCAACCCUAGUAUCAAAAAAGGUUUUCUUAAAAAAGAGCCUUCCUUUGCGUGAUGUGUGUGAACUUUGGUCUGUGGGGUGUUAAAUGGAACCUCUCCACAUGUAUAUAGUAUUUCCUUGUAUAAAGCACUUUACUACCUACCACUUGUGUUGUGAAAAUUUGGAAACCGUUGUUGACAGAAAGAAAAAUAAAGGGCGUGUAAGAAAACCUACUGAAACAGAAGCACUGCCACUACAUGUGGACAAAAGGAAGUUGUACGUUUUAACUCUGAACACUUGGGGAAAAAAUAUGUGAAGAUACAACCUAAAAGAACAUGUUUGCAUAUCAAAUCUCAGCUUCAGGCUAGAGGUUAGAUUCCACAGAUACCAACCAUGAUGAAAAUUUUUUUAAAAACUAAACAAGAUGAGACUUUAAAAUUAGAGGAAGAAGAAAUCAUAAGUGUAGAAAUAUGCUUGGAUAAAGAGGAAAUUGACUUUAAAUUUUUAAAAGAUCAUUUAUUUGCAAUGCACUUGUAAACACU